GAAAAUCAAUCACUGAUCACUUGAGUUAGUCCAUCGAUUCCAUCAACUCAUAAUGAAGACCUUCAUCGCAAUUACACUCCUAGCCCUGUGCUCCCUGGCACUCUGUGAAGAUGAAGUCGUGGAGAACGCAGCCGCUGUAGCAGAAAAUCCCACCGAGGAGGUUGCAGCUGAAGAUGUUGUGAGGGAGGUGCGAUCCCACGGUUACUCUGGCGGACAUGGUGGUUCCAGCGGACAUGGUGGUCACGGCGGACACGGAGGACAUGGUGGUCACGGUGGACAUGGCUAUGGUCAUGGACACCAAGCAGGUCACGCUUCUGGUGGACACGGACACGGCUAUGGUGGUCAUGGUCAUGGUCAUCAAGCUUAUGGUCAUGGCAAAGGUUAUGGUGGUCACAGCGGCGGCUCCAGCCACGGAGGACAUGGUGGGCACGGUGGACACGGCGGGCACGGACACGGACAUGGUGGUCACGGACACGGAUACCGCGCUGCUGCUGAAGAUAGCCCCAACAUGGCUGAAGCCCCUGCCGCCAAAGCUCAAAGCUAUGCCCCACUUGUAGCCUCCGCCUAUGGACAUGGACAUCAUGAAGGACAUGGUUACGGGCACCACGGUCACCAUGGCGGUCACCACGGUGGGCACGGAUAUGGACACCACGGAGGUCACCACGGUGGUCACGGAUAUGCCCACGCUGGACCAGCCAAGAGCUACGCUUACCACUCGCCAGCUCCCCAUGUACCAUGCGGUCACAACCUUCUCUUCGGAUGCCACCCCAGUGUAGCUCCAGCCCCAUGCGCCGCCCACCACGGAUACGGACACCACCACCAUGGCUACUAAAUACACCACCAAUGGCUUUCUGAUGAAAAUUAAAUUUGUACUCCCUUAGGAAUAUUUUAAUAAAAUCAAGUCAAACUUA